CUCAAUCGUUCUUUUCCUCCAUCUUGAAUCAACGGCAAGGCAAGGAUAGAUAUUCACCAUGGCUAUCCGACCCCUUGUCAAGCACAACAUUGUCAAGAAGAGAACUAAGAAGUUCAUCCGUCAUCAGUCAGAUCGUUACAAGAAACUGAAGACCAACUGGCGUAAACCAAAGGGAAUUGACAACAGAGUGCGACGUCGCUUCAAGGGCCAGUAUUUGAUGCCAAACAUUGGUUAUGGCUCUGCUAAGAAGACCAGACACAUCUGCCCCGAUGGAUUCAAAAAAUUUGUUGUCCACAAUGUUAAGGAGCUGGAGGUGCUGAUGAUGCAGAACAGAACGUUCUCUGCUGAGAUUGCCCACUCUGUAUCCAGCAGAAAGCGCAAAGACAUUGUGGAGAGAGCCCAGCAAUUGGCCAUCAAAGUGACCAAUCCACAUGCUCGCCUCCGCUCACAAGAAGACGAGUAAUCCAGUGUCUACAGAUUAUGGUGAAAUAAUGAUAAUAAAAAAAAAACUUAAAAAAAUCAGACAAAUGUUAU